AUGAACCACGGUGACGCGGCGAGCAGGGGGGAGUACGAGGCCCUGGUGGAGAGGGCAGACCCGAUGGACAGCAGAAGCAUAGGUGCACAAGAGUUCAACAACAUGUACGCAAAUGACAUCACGUGUGGCAGUGUAAAUAUUGGGGAGGGCCCAACUGAGCAAGUGCCACUGGGCACGCCCCUAACGUACGUCGUUGGGAAUGGAGGCGAGCACAUCGGAGGGAGUCACCUCGGAAGGGGUCACCUCGGAAGGGGUCACCUCGGAAGGAGUCACCUCGAAGGAAUUCACAUCGGAAGAAGUCACCUCGAAGGAAGUCACCUCGAAGGAAGUCACACAAACUAUGACCACGCUCAGGGAAACAAAAGAACGCACACAGAUCAUAAAUAUGCUGCGUACUUUUUUGCCUACCUGCUAGUCCUCUCCAUAUGUAUGCUCUGUUACCUGUACCAUGGGAACUAUGCGCGUGUAUUAUAUGGGACCAACUACAGUGGGAAAAUCUGUGGGAGGGAUAUGAAGAAUCACUCGUAUUUGUACUUCCCCUUGUCUCCUAAACUGUCCAAAAUGGAAAUACUGAAUAAAUAUGGGAAAUGUCUGAAGUCGUGUCCCACAUCAGAUGGGGCGAAUAAAAUGAGGAAGGAAAAAGAUGGCAACAGGACAAACCGUAGUGACAAUGUAGAGAUGAAAGAAAAGGCAACUUAUUUCGAUAACCCUCUCUUCUCCUCCUCCUCUACCUCUUCCGCCGCGCACUCCUCCGCGCACUCCUCCGCGCACUCCUCCGCGUACUCCUCCACCUCUUCCCCCUCGUACUCCUCCCUUUUUUCAAAAAAAAAACCCAAAGAAAUUAUGGACAAACAGGGAAACAAAACAACCAAUGUGGUGUACAGCGAUUACACAAAAAGUACAAACAAUAAUUUGUACGUAGAAUAUUCUCUGAUUUCCCCCUACUAUGAUACGGGAGCCUUUUUUUCGUACCACUACUUAGUGUCAAUUUUUGUGUGCUUUGGUUUGCUAGCUCAUGGGAUUAUCUUCCUCUUCGUUUUGUACCUGUACAGAAAUACAUAUAAGUACACACACAGGUUAAUCACUAUCACUUUGGACUUCGUCAGUAGUAUGUCCAAUCUGCUUUACUCACCUUGCAUCGUUUCGGCUACCUCGUUUGCUUGGUUUUUUCUGUGGAUGUAUGGUUACAUUUAUGUGAUGACUGCCGGGACGCUUCACGAGCAGAGGCUAAGCUUGGAACUGGACUCGAAUGGAAACAGCGAGAUUGUGUCCCUGCAGAAGGUCUUCCACUACUUCAGGAGCUCGUACAUCUUUUCCAUAUUCUGGAUAUACACCUACUUCUUCGUGUGUGAAAUCCUGCAGUCCCUCAACCAGUUCACCAUAAGUUAUUUAGGGGCCGUCUGGUACUUCUGCGACAAGGAUAGUGCUAACUACAAGCUCAGUGCCCAAGCCACCAUGAGUAAUUCUGCACUUCGCAAUUGGGUUCCAAGGAGCCAACCAUGCGCAGAACAGACCAAUGCGACGAAAAAGUGUGUAAAAGUUGAGACAAUACUGAAUUAUCACUUGGGCAGUUUGAUCCUAUCGAGCUUUAUCAACCUAUGCACCAAGCACCUACGCGUUCUGUUCUUUUGGGCGAACAGCACUCUGUCCCUUCCCUUCUUCUAUAGCGAAUCCAUUCACAAGUUGAAGGAGCGAUUCGCCCUCUUCUUAAGACCCAUUUCGAAUUUUAUCGACACGCACACGAUGGCUGCAUACUGCGAGAUUUCCAUGACGUCGUACCCGUACCUAUUCGCCUGCAGCACGUCGUCCAAAAAGUUAACAAACUCGACUUCGCCAGCGGCAUCUUUGCAUGGGAUAACCUACAUUGUUAACAUCAUAUUCCCGUGUCUCACAACCCUAGGGGUGACAUUUCUCUCGUUCAAUAUUUUCAACAAUUUUGAGCGAUACGGCAAUUUGUUCUCCCCCAGUUUUGUCCCCAACCCGUUUUUUGCGGCUCUCACGAUCGGAGUGCUGUGCGGGAUGAUCACCUCCCACUUCAUCACCACGGUGUCCACCCUCACGGACACCAUCCUCUACUGCUUUAUAUGCGAGUGUUACCAAAAGCAGAUGAUAGAUGAAAAUCCAAUAAGGACAGUAUUCACUCCGCCCCUCUUAAAGGAGUUAAUUUUGGAGAUAUAUCAGCAGUAUAGCACUCGGCCGUGGAUUUUUUUUUUUUUUUCCUGUGCGUGGUCAUCAGUUGUGCGGCUAGCCAUCAGUUGA